AUGUCAUGUGAUUUUGCAGGUGGGUAUUGUUGUACACUGCGGUUGGGUCACCUGCGACAGGAGUUCCUCUAUCCCAAUUCAAUUCUUCAAACCAACACUGUGGAUGGAAUCAGUGGCCUUCGAAAAACGCUUACGAGAAUCUUUGCAAGCACUCCUUCAAUCCACGCCGUCUUGGAGUCUCGGCUUCCGGCCUCCCAUCCAAAAACUCCCGAAGACUUCAAGAGACCAGAUCCGAAGUCUAUGCGAAAUCCUUCCGCCAAUGACGAAGAACCAUCCGAUAACCUGAAGCUUUCGGGUAAGACCGACUCCAAUUACAAUGGCCUCAAGGGUCGUCUUGUGGAGUAG